AUGUCUGAAUCUACCGCAGUUACUGGAGUUUCAUAUGAUGAGGAUAUUAAUUGGAUUGAAGAAGCUAUCGGUAAAAGACAUAUUAAAUAUUACGAAUUUGAAAAUUUUAACAAUAUUAAAGAAAUUGGUUCGGGAAGCUUCGGAAAAGUUUAUCGUGCGAACUGGAAAAAUUAUCAUAAUUUUUUAGCUUUGAAAUCCUUUUUUAAUUUAAACGAUGUAACAAUUAAAGAAAUUGUUAAUGAGCUUAAACUUCAGCGUGAAGUAGAUUUCCAUGAGAAUAUUAUUCGUUUUUUUGGUGUUACGACAGAAUAUCAAAACGGUAAUAAUGAUAAUUCAAAAAAUUAUUGGUUAGUAAUGGAAUAUGCUAAUAAUGGUACUCUUAAAGAGUUUUUGAGGAAACAUUUUAAUAAUCUUACUUGGGGUGAUAAAUUUAAUAUGGCACUUCAGCUGGCUCAUGCUGUAUUAUGCCUCCAUGAUGAAGGAAUCGUUCAUCGUGAUCUGCACUCUAAAAACGUAUUAGUCCAUCAUCGAAAUAAUCGAAAUACCAUAAAGUUGGCUGAUUUUGGGCUAUCAAAAAGAAUUGAUGAAGCAUAUGAAGAAUAUAGGACGCGAUCAAAUUUACUUGGUGUAGUUCCAUAUAUUGAUCCAAAGAAAUUUAAUACACAACCAUAUUCUUUAAAUAAAAAAAGUGAUGUUUAUAGUAUUGGUGUACUUCUGUGGGAGAUAUCAAGUGGUCAGCCGCCUUUUGAAGGAAUGACACGUUAUGGUUUAAUUGUACAAAUUCCACAAGGUCUUAGAGAAACACCUGUUUCUGACACACCUACUGCUUAUGUUAAUCUUUAUACUGAAUGUUGGAAUGGAGAGCCAGAUAAUCGUCCAACCAUCAAACUGAUAGUUGAUGGGUUAAAGGCAUUAAAUAAUAAUCAUAAUAAUUUCAGCAUAAUGGUCGAUGAAAUACUUAAUCUCCCUAAUAAUACAAGGGAUGACGCAGAAAAACAGGAAAUUCUUAAUUAUCUUGAUAAUCAUAAUGUGACUUUAAUAGAAAUUUAUAAUUGGUUAGUGGAUGAUCAGAAUAAUCCAAAUUCUAUUAUUCUGUUUGGAGAUUUUAAUUACUUUGGAAUUGGAACCGAUAUUUAUAAAAUAAAAGCAUUUAAAUUAUAUAAAAGAGCAGCAGAUUUAGGAAAUGCUAAUGGAAUGUAUAAUUUGGGACGUUUUUAUGAAAAUGGAAUUAGAACUAAUAUUGAUAAGAGAAGAGCAUUUGAAUUAUAUCAAAAGGCUGCAGAUUUAGGAAAUGCUAAUGGAAUGUAUAAUUUAGGACGUUUUUAUGAAAAUGGAAUUGGAACUGAUGUUGAUGAAAAAAAAGCAUUUGAAUUAUAUCAAGAGGCAGCAGAUUUAGGAAAUGCAUCUGGAAUAAAUCAUUUAGGAUUUUGUUAUCAACAUGGAAUUGGUACUGAAAUUGAUAGAAAAAAGGCAUUUGAAUUAUAUCAAAAGGCAGCAGAAUUAGGGAAUAUAUCUGGUAUAGUUUAUUUAGGAAAUUGUUAUCGAUGUGGAAUUGGAACUAAUAUUGAUGAAAAAAAGGCAGUUGAAUUACAUCAAAAGGCUGCAGAUUUAAGAAAUGAAUCUGGGAAUAAAUAG